CGCGUCUCUUUCUGUCGGAAAACAUGGCGCCUUGCUUUGUUUGAUUUCCAUCUGCAGCUUCGGGUUUUUUCCCCUCUUUCCACCUUUUUUACGGUCAAACGAACAGAAUUUGCUGUACUCUGGAGAUGCAAAGUUCUCGUGUUUUCCUUACUAUAAGGAAAUGAGCACCGAAAACGGCAGGUUUAAUCGGCCAUUUUGUAUUCUUGGUGUCAAAUACAGAUUUGGUCAAUAUGCCUAAGCAAGCUGACUGCACUGGUGACGAAACUUCAUGAGUUCUUGGAUCAUUCUCCAGAGGAAGAAACUGCUGCGUCCGAAGUUAAUGAAAUCUCCAGUGAUAAAAUGGCCUCCAGUGACUCAAACAUCAAUGAUGAAAUAAUGGAAAAGCCCAGUUGUUCCACCGACGUUCCAAAGGCCACGCCACGCUCAAAAAGGAAACCUGCGGUCGUCACGAAGCAUACAGUUGUAAACGAGCCCGAGUCCGCAGAUGAGCGUGAGCAAGAUUGCAUCGCCGAUAAUACCGACGAUGCCACGGUUAUGGAAGAGAUCCCAGAAGACGUGGUUAUAGUGAAACCAGAACCCGUCAACACCGAAGGAAAAGAUGAAUUCAGAGGCCCGGAGUUCCGUAACAAGGGAGGGAGCAAAGUCAAAGAAGAGGGUCAGAGGAGGCGUCCUGACGAGCAUCUUCAAGAGAUUAGGUGCUCAAGAGUCAAUUGCACUGCGUGUGGCCAGCAAGUCAAUCAUUUCCAGAGGGACUCUGUGUAUCAGCAUCCUAUACUCAAAGUUCUUCUCUGCAAAUCCUGCUUCAAGUAUUACACGAGUGACGACAUCAGUAAGGACGACGACGGAAUGGACGAACAAUGCAGGUGGUGUGCUGAAGGAGGUAAUCUCCUUUGUUGUGAUUACUGUAGCAACGCGUUUUGCAAAACAUGUAUUCUGCGCAACCUCGGACGGAAGGAACUCUCCGGUAUCAUGAACGACGACGAUAAGUGGCGUUGCUACGUGUGCCAACCCGAGCCGCUUCAAGACGUCGUCGCGGCUUGUGAGAAAGUCCUGCGAAACCUGGAGUGUAUGAAAAAGCCGAAGGGGGACCACGAUAAACUGAGACGUGACGGCACGAAGCACAAACGGGGCAAAGUUAAAAACACGGCUCUGAACGGAAAGGACGCGAAUUCCGACGGAUCGGGGACGCUGACCUUCUCCUAUAAAACCUUAAAGGUUCCGAAAGAACUGCUGAAAAAGACGAAGAAACUGAUCGAGACGACAAACGGCUUGAACAGCACGUUCGUGCAGUUCAUCCAGCAGGAACCGGUCUACCUCGGCGACAGCGUUGUCCGACACAGGCAUUUGAAAGCGUUCCGAUCCGUUUUGGCCGACUUGAAAAAGGUCCACGCGACUUUGGAGGAGGCGCUCGACACGGAGUUCAGAGACCUGGAGGUCCAGAAUGGAGAGGGGAACGGGUUAGCAGAUAACGCCAGCGUAGCCCACGCGGUCCCCAACUCUGAGCAUGUCGACCGGAGUAAUAACGACGAUCAGGUGGUUUUAGAUGGCGCCGUAGAUCAGGUUGCGGCUUCGUCGGAGGACUAUGCGGACGAGGAAAACGUAGUUCCGGCUGACGUAGAAAUGACGGAAGAAGCAGUACCCUCUGCGGAAAAUCCAGAGGACGCGGCUGUAGAAAACGAAGCCAGCGCUUCAAAGGUUGUGAAGAGCGAACCCGACCGUGACGACGAUGGCUCAGCAGCCGGAGAGGCGUCUCUUGACAAAGACAUUGUGUCUGUACCACCGUCCGUUCCUGAGGAACUCUUUGAGAUGGUUGAGAGACUUUCAGAUUGCGUAAAACAAGAGGGUGAAAAGGACUCCCUCGAUUCUACAGACAGUACAUCGAGUAAGACCUCGCUGUCUGACAGGAAGUCACCAGAAUCUGGUAAGAAGUCUGCAAAGGUGGGUAAAAAACUUAUCGUAAAGCUCACCCCUAUCCCUCUUAAAAUUACCAUUAAGAAAGAGGACAGCAAGUCACAGUCGAAAGAGAAGGACGGUGCUCUGUCACCAGAUGAAAGCAGACGUUCCCCCAGGAUGAAGACCACUCCUCUGCGCAAGGCGUCCGAAGGGAGGAGUAAGAGCAGGUCCGAUGGUGCGCGAGCGAACGUGAAGGACGAAGACCGCGGCGCUACUUUGCAGAUUCCGGUUUCCAUCGGUCCGUCAGACUCCGACUCCGACGAAGUCCCCGAGGUCCUUCGGCAGGUAGAAGCCAUGGAGGCCAGCUCGGAUGAACAGGAGGCGGAGCCUAACGGCAAGGCUGCGGGCGACGACGAAGCGGAAAAGCCAGUCGAGCAACCCGCGGAAAAGUCGGCGAAGCGCAAGCUCAUCCCGUCCUCCUCGGAUUCGGACGCAGGCGCGAAGUCGUCCAAGACGAAGAAACGGGCCGCCAAAAAAAAGAAGGGUAAAGAAUCCGAUUCGUCAAACCACGACUCGGAUCUCGAGAAGGAGAUCAAGAGUUUAAGCAAGCUGAGCGCUACGAAGAGAUCGUCUAAACGAGGCAAGAAGCAGGCGAACGAGGGCAAGAAGGACGGGGAAGACCGCAAGAACACGAAGGAGGAGGAUGGGGGCAAGGAGGAGGAGGAGGACAAUGAGAGCAAGAAGGAAGGAGGUGAGAGCAAGAAGGAGGGUAAAAAAGGUCCAAAGCGGUCGUUUGAGCGGAAACGGAGGUCCAAGAGGGGUAAAGAAAAUGCCCCGAGAGAUUCAUCCUCGAGCGAGGAAGAGGAGGAGCAGGCAGCAGACUCUGGAGAGGAUAGCAGUGAUCAGCAGAAGAUCAAACCUAUCCUCGAUUCUGCCAUGCCCCACAUGGAUGCUUUCCAUCAGUCAUCAGGAGACGAAGCUCAACUGAAGGAGGAACCCUCUCGGAUGGUCGAUGACGACGACGACCCUGAGAAUAGAAUUGCAAAGAAGAUGCUGUUGGCUCAGAUCAAAGCCAAUUACUCGUCAGGGGACGACAGCUCUUCAGAAGACGAAGACUGCAAGAAAGACACCGAGGAAAAGUCUUCAGCUAAAGCGAAGAACGACGGCAGCUCCGAAGGCGAAGAAGAGGAAGAGGACUCUGAUUCCGGUUCGGAAGUGGACGUGAAAAAGGCCGGGCGGAGACACAAGCUGCUCCGCAAGAAGCUGACGCUGAGCGAGGGCGAGUCUGACAACGACAAACCGUCCAAGAGCAAUAAAGAGGCUAAGAGAAGAGGAAGACGGAAAGUGAGCAGCGACGAGUCCGCCGAUUCAGACUUCAAACGCUCAGCCUCCGGUUCAUCGAGCGAGUCGGCGCUGAGUGAGGAAGUGAGCGAGGACGAUGAGGACAGCAAGAGUAACAAACGCAGAACGCGAUCCUCCAAAAAAACCGAGAAAGACGGCGAAAGGAGUUACCAGAAAGAGAAGAAGAAAAAGAGGCGGCGGAUAAAAGUUCAAGACGACUCCUCCAGCAACAAGAGUGCAGAGGAAGGGGACGAGGAAGACGGAGAAGGGGACGAUGAAAAGGGCACGCCGAAGGGCCGCAAGAAGAUCCGCAAGAUCCUGAAAGAUGACAAGCUGCGCUCCGAGACCCAGAACGCGCUGAAAGAGGAAGAAGAGAGGCGUAAACGAAUAGCCGAAAAAGAGCGGCUGAGAGAAAAACUACGUGAGACGAUCGUGGUGGAGGAAUCCUCGCAGAUCGCCUGUCCCAUUACUACGAAACUGGUCCUGGAUGAGGAUGAAGAGACCAAGGAGCCUCUCGUCCAAGUCCACAGAAACAUGGUGACCAAGCUGAAGCCCCAUCAAGUGGACGGCGUGCAGUUCAUUUGGGAUUGCUGUUGUGAGUCUGUGAAAAAGACUCUGAAGUCAGCCGGCUCUGGCUGUAUCCUGGCUCACUGUAUGGGUCUGGGGAAAACCCUUCAGGUGGUGACGUUUCUCCACACCGUGCUUCUGUGCGAGAAGCUCAACUUCUCCACGGCUUUGGUGGUGUGUCCCCUCAACACCGUCCUCAACUGGCUGAACGAGUUCGAGAAGUGGCAGGAGGGCUUGAAAGACGAGGAGAGCUUAGAGGUGACUGAGCUGGCCACGGUGAAGAGGCCUCAAGAGCGAGCGUACGCCCUGCAGCGCUGGCAUGAAGACGGCGGCGUCAUGAUCAUCGGUUACGAAAUGUACCGCAACCUGACGCAAGGCCGCAACAUCAAGAGCAAAAAGCUGAAAGAGACGCUCCAGAAGACCCUCGUCGACCCAGGUCCAGACUUUGUCAUUUGCGACGAGGGCCACGUGUUGAAGAACGAAGCGUCGGCCGUGUCCAAAGCCAUGAACUCCAUUAAGACCCGGCGAAGAGUGGUGCUGACCGGAACGCCGCUUCAGAACAACCUGAUUGAGUACCACUGCAUGGUAAACUUCAUCAAAGAGAACUUGCUGGGCUCGGUGAAAGAGUUCAGGAACCGUUUCAUCAACCCCAUCCAAAACGGCCAGUGCGCCGACUCCACGAUGGUCGACGUGCGCAUCAUGAAGAAACGGGCGCACAUUCUCUACGAGAUGCUGGCCGGAUGCGUCCAAAGAAGAGACUACACCGCACUUACUAAGUUCCUGCCACCCAAACACGAGUACGUGCUCGCGGUGCGGAUGACGCCAAUCCAGUGCAAGCUGUACAGAUACUAUCUGGAGCACUUUACAGGUGUCGGUUCUGCCUUGGAGGGGGGACGAGGCCGUGCGGGCACAAAGCUUUUCCAGGAUUUCCAGAUGCUCAGCAGAAUCUGGACCCAUCCUUGGUGUCUCCAGCUGGACUAUAUCAGUAAGGAAAACAAGGGGUACUUCGACGAGGACAGCAUGGACGAGUUCAUCGCGUCCGAAACGGAGGAGUCGUCGAUGAGCCUGACUUCCGAAGACGAGAAACCCAAAAGGAAGAAGAAACGGGGGAAAGGCAAAGGCGAGAGCUCGGACAAGUCCGACAGCGACGACGUGGAGGUGAUUAAGGAGUGGAACACGAGCUCCCGUGGAGGAAACCCAGAGGGGAGGAACAGAGCCGAGCCUGUAGAAGAAGUUCGUCCGAGCAACUCCGGGCCCGGCAGCCCGUCUCCCGACUGGUACAAGGAAUUUGUGACCGAAGCGGAUGCCGAAGUUCUGGAACACUCUGGAAAAAUUGUGUUGCUGUUCGAAAUUCUGCGAAUGGCGGAAGACGUGGAAGAUAAAGUUCUGGUGUUCAGUCAGUCCCUCAUUUCACUGGACCUCAUCGAGGAUUUCCUGGAGUUAGCAGGCAGGGCCAAAGAGGAAGGAAAACCCUCUCCUUACAAAGGUGAGGGCAAGUGGUUCAGAAACAUUGACUACUACCGACUGGAUGGGUCUACCAAUGCCAUUACUAGGAAGAAAUGGGCUGAAGAAUUCAAUGACACCAGCAAUGUUCGGGGUCGUCUUUUUCUCAUCUCGACAAGAGCUGGUUCUCUAGGGAUCAACCUAGUGGCAGCAAACCGGGUCAUCAUCUUCGAUGCCUCGUGGAAUCCGUCCUAUGACAUUCAGAGUAUUUUCAGGGUGUACCGCUUCGGCCAACUGAAAACCGUGUACGUCUACAGGUUUUUGGCUCAGGGAACCAUGGAGGAUAAGAUUUACGACAGGCAGGUGACCAAACAGUCCCUAUCAUUCCGUGUGGUGGACCAACAGCAGAUUGAGCGCCACUUCACCAUGAACGAACUGACUGAACUCUACAGUUUCGAGCCAGACCAGCUGGAUGACCCGUCGGAAAAGAAAAGCAAGAGGUCCACACCCAUGUUACCCAAGGACCCAAUUCUCGCUGAGCUACUUCAAAACUUCAAGGAUCAGAUUGUGGGUUACCACGAGCAUGAUUCUCUACUGGACCACAAAGAGGAGGAGGCUUUGAGUGAGGAGGAACGUAAGGCCGCUUGGGCCGAGUAUGAGGCAGAGAAAAAGGGUCUCUCCAUGCGCUUCAACCAGCCGGCGUAUCCUUCCGUAGGCAUCGGAGGAUCGUCUAACUACUUCCCCUUCAACGUGGCAGCUCUGGCCUCUAUGUCCAACCAGCAGCUGGAGGACCUGAUCAACCAGGGUCGACAGAAGGUGUUGGAGGCCACCAACGCUCUGAAGUCUUUGCCCCGGGAGCCGCUUGAGGACAUCGUCGGGCAGGUGUGGAAGGAGAAUCCCAGUCUGUCAGAGGCCCAGGUGCAGGGCAUGGCUCUGGCCAGACAGGCAACCAUCGACAUGGAGCUGAAACACAGAGAGGCCGUGUACCGAGACAUUCUCAAUAAGCAGCAGACGCUGAUGAUGUACGUGCAGAAGGUGAUCGCCAAUCGAAAGGUUCAGGAGCAGCAGCUGGCGCUUGCCAGGCAGGGGAUACUGAUGAACCAGCUGGCUCUUCAGAACGGCAUCGCUGGGGGAAUGAGUCAGAUGGAACUGCUGGGCCUGUACCAACAGCUGGGUGCCCUCCAGGGUCUGCCAACCUCCCAGAUAGGCAAGAACCCAGGGCCCUCAAAGGGCCUGUAGAUGCCCUCACUGUAAAACCGUGCCCCCUUUUUAUUUUUAUUUUUUUUUUGGCCAGCUCCUGUGUGGGCAUCCCAAAAUUAACCAGCUCGGACCCUUUUUUGCCCCUUUUGAGCGUUCAUGUAGAAAUCUGGGAUGGAUAUCUAGAAGACUUUGGCAGUAUGGUUUGUAAUUCUCUGUAUAUACAACCUUAGUGUUUUAUUCCUUUUUUUUUUUUUUUUUUUUUUUCCCCCGCUCAACAUAUUUAAAAUAUUCUCCCAAAAUGCUUUUAAAGCAUUGCAUUGUUCUUUUCCCCUUAAAUAAGGGCUGUGCAUUAUUAGAUUUUUUUUUUUUUUUUUAUACAGGUCAAGAAGAAGAAAAAAGAGAAAAAAAAAAUACAUAACAAAGAAUGAACUUACAACCUCUGUGGACCAUAGUGUUGCUCAUUACAUGUUCUAAGUGAUCUAGAAGAAUCGUAUUAGGUACUGCAUAAUAUCUGUCUACUAGUGGAUGAUCAGUGGUGCUGUGAAAGCCCGGUGCCCAAAACGCACUGUUAAACACCUUAAACAAAGAAGGAGGUGGGGUGGGAGGGGUCAGGGGGGGAGAUUUAAAAAUAGAUGCAGUGAUGGCCUUACAUCAACAGUUUUGUUGUUUUUCAAACACAUUGAACAGACUCUUCUUUUCUAUUAUGCUUUUAGGCUUUUACACUUUUUGUCGUUGCUUAACUUGUAAUGGAAUGCCCGUGUUGUUCAAACUGCUUGCCAGGUUCCCUGGACUUUUCUAUCUUCUAAUUCCUCGUUGUAAAGUGAUGCCUAGCAUAGUGUUGUACUGUUCAUUUGUUUUGUUCCUCUCGUCUUAGCGGGUCCUCGUCUCUCCGAGACGACUCUCUGGUCGUGUUCCUGUAAUUUAAAGGCAAAUUAUACCGGUUAGGCUUGCAUCUAUCUUAUAAUGCUUUCUUAACCGUACUAGGCUGGCCCUCAGGCUACCAUACUCUACUUUUCAGCACAUUUAAAAAAAAAAAAAUCAAAUAAAAAAUUAAAAAUGGCAUAAAUAUUUCUAAUUGGAUUCUAGUUUGCACAGGGGUGCGUUUCAGAAAUGUAGAUCAACUUCUUUUUUUUUUUUCGUUUUCCUCACGAUGUUCUCAUGUUAGCAGAUAUACCCACUUGUUUUGCCAUUUAUCUGAUCUACUAUUUACUAGAAUAAGUAUUUAAUAUUACAUUUAAAUAAAGUGACCAAAAGGGUGA